UCUCUCAGACAACAUGUGUGUCGGGGGGGUAGCAAAAUGUGCCCGUUGCAUCUCUGGUACUCUGUACCCGUUGAUACUCAUAUCCAUCAUCUGUAACAUUCUGCUGUUCUUUCCCGGCUGGGACGUCAAGUACAGCAGAGAGGGACACAUCACCGAGGAGGUGAUGUACCUGGGGGGAAUCCUCGGAGGGGGUGUACUGGUGUUGAUCUCAGGUCUGUUCAUCCAUCUGGCUGGAGACCAAAGGUGCUGCACCGGUCGCAUUGUGAUGCUUGUAUCGGUUCUGUUCGCUGCAGUGGGCCUGCUCGGCGCCCUCUACAGCUUCCUUGUGGCAGCACUCGGUCUGACUAACGGGCCCCUCUGCAAAGUCCAGGGCGAGUGGACGAACCCUUUUAAAAACAGUACCACGUCCUACCUGGCCGACUACAAGUCCUGGAGCCAGUGCGCUGAGCCCAAGAACGUGGUGAAGUUCAACAUCGCACUGUUCGUGGUCCUGUUGGCCACCAGCUCCCUGCAGUUGAUACUGUGUGCCGUUCAGAUCCUCAACGGACUGAUUGGCUGCCUCUGCGGACCCAGCGACGUCGAUAAAGACCCGACUUAAUGUCCUGGUCAAGAGGGCUCUCUGAUCCUUGGCAGUGGUCUGAGGCGUCGACUCACGCUCUGGGCCGCAGGACGAGAAACCGGCCCUGCUUUGAAAUUGCACCUUCAACCGUGGCAUAUUUCACAUUCCUGUGAAAAGUAUUCGAAAAUAAUUCAUUCUGAUUUCAUGAUCAAAUUGGUUUCAAAUAAACGCUGCUGAGCUACAUUACUGGACUGUGAUUAAUCAUUUAGGUCUUUAUCUGUAAGCAAUAAAUGUCUGGGUGCCCUUGAUUGAUUGCUGCUAACAUAAAGUCCAGGACAAAGUUCUUCUUCAGUGACGCAGGAUUUUACAGAUUAUAUAAUCUCAACACUGAUAAUGAUAGAGAUGAUUCAGGGUCAUAUAAACCUACUGUUGAAUAUCCGGGUUA